UGUUGUGUCCAAGUUGUCCGCUAGAGGGCGUUUCACGCAUUACAAUCUCAAGAAAACAUGGCGUUGGGUCAUGUCAGCAGGCUGGGUUAUUUGUUUAAUCGAGUUAGCAGAAAUAUAAGACAAUUUAGAGCUGGAACUUUUCUGUCAUCUCAUAAUAAGUCUACUGUUGGAGCUCCAUCCAUUGACGACAACUGCAAUGUGGAAAUUGGAGUGACAUCUGAUGGCAAAACAAUAGUAUGUUUUCACCCGUUGGUAGAUGUACCCUAUGAACUCACACAGCCGAUUCCCAGACCAGAUGCCAUCAGUGAUCAGUCAGAGACACACGAGCAGGUGCUCAAAGCCCGUCUCGGUAAAGAGCUUUUAAAUAACAAACAGGCUCCAACCAUAGAGGAACUCAGCAAGAUGUUCUACACCACCAAACACCGCUGGUACCCAGUCGGACAAUAUCACACAAGACGCAGAAACCGAAAUCCACCCAAAGACAGAUAGUUCUGUAUAGUUUUCCUGUCUUUUCUGAUUUCUGUUUAGGAUAAAUUAUUUUUACCUACACUUGUACAUUUAAAUAAACUCCUUUCAGCAAUGGG